CCUACUACAAUCACGGCCACUCAACGGGCUAUCUCGCCUGCGCCAGGGUGCCCCGCCUUUUCAGGUCACGUGCUGGAUUCUGAUUGCUGCCCCACCUAAAGUUACGCACCCUGUAUCUUCGGUUUCCAAAGGGUCGAUUCCAUUUUCCGCAUGUUUUUUCCACUAUAUUUUUUUCCUAUUUUUUUCAAAUCGUAACGUGGAUUUUCGUUCGUCCAUGCUUUUGGUGUUUUUGGUCCAUGCUUUUCGCAGUCCCUAGUGCUCAUGCUAGUGCUUCAAGAAAUUUCAGGGUAAUGAAAGUAAAGUGUUGUGUUGCACAUUGUCCCAGCAAAAGUUAUGGGCCUGUAAUGUGUAACGUUUCUUGGCACAAAUUCCCAUGUUUGUGAACAAUGGAUUAGAGAAUUUUCCAAUAACUCAAAAACUGAAUUAAAGGAUGUUGUAGUAAAACACUUACGAAUAUGUAGUCUACAUUCAAAAAAGAAGAAUUAAAAAUGAGUGGCACGGGAAGACAUUAUUUAUUAGGAAAUGCUGUUCCUACAAUUUUUCAAUCAUAUGAAAAGAGUGUUGGCAGUAAUCCUCCACACAGAAUACCUUUUCAAGAGUUAAAUAGCAAUGUAGCACCAGGGAAAAAUAUUGAUAGCAUUGAAACUAUUGAUGAUCGAUCAGGUUUAAACUGGACAGAUGCAGAUGAGUGUCAUAUAACAUCAACUCCUCGGCCAGUGAGUCAGAAUACAAAACACGAAACAAGUGUUGAACCAGAAUCAUCUCUGCAUACAAACAAUGAGACUGAGAACUCCCAAACCAGACCUACUCAUGUGUUCGAAAAUCAAGUUAUACAAAGUAAAACAAAUAGUAACCAUGAAUCAUGGGCUGUAGCCGAUGCUACAACAGAUGCUGAUCAGGUUCAUACAAGUAGUGAGUCGCAUUUUCAUACAUCACAACGUCAAAGCAAGAAAUCAAGCGAAGCCAAUCUCAUUCGAAAACUCAGAAAUACAGUUUCUGAACUACAAAAAAAAAUUCAAAAGUUGGAAAAACUAGUGGGCCCAGAAGCUCUUAAACUAUUACAAUGUGAUAAAAGAAUGGCAGUGGCUAUUAAUUCAGUAGUUGCUGUAUUUUAAGAUGAGGAAGACAAGCAAUGCGAGUUUAAUGCCAAAGCAUCAUUCUUGCUCCAUCAAGUAUUAUGUUUUUGUAAUUUUUAUAUAAUAUCAAAAACUAAAAACACGCUUACAUUGUUAUAGGUACUGAACUAUACUAAAGAGACACGUUGUGUCAGGUACGACCAAUGGACUAUCAAAUAUUGUAUAGCAAUUCAAGGGCGAAGCCCUACUAUUUAUGAUUUUCUUCGGCAUCAAAAUUUGCUAACACUUCCAGCCUUGAAUGCUCUCUACAGCUACACUGGACGAACAAAUGGAAGCGUAGGAAUAACGUCUGUAAACUUGGAGCGGCUUAAGGUAUUAUUUAAAACUUUGUCCAAGAGUCAUGAAAGAAGUAUCAGCUUAGAAGUGGACGAAAUGGCUUGUAAGUCAUUACUUCUUUGGAUCCAAUCCCGUCAACAAUUCGUCGGGGAAGUUGAUUUUGGAGGUGUUGAUGUUUUUGCACCAAAAAUGGACGAUGAGGGACUAGAUAUUUCGUACGGAUGUGAAGAUGCAGUCAUUGAUGAAGAUGUUGAAAAUGUUGUUGACGCUGAUGGUGGUAAAAUCUCGAAGAAUGCUGCAUUUAUGAAAAAUGAGUCAAGCAACACAAGUAAUGGACCUCCGGUGCUAGCAAACAGUUUGAUUAAUUUUGUCAUGACAGGUUUGACAACAAAAUUUACUUCUAUAGUUGGAACCUGGCCAGUU